CAAGAGCAUCUGUAAGCACAUUCGAACUUGAUCAAUCCUUCCGACUCACCCUGGCGAACUUCCAUUCUUCUCUCUCGACCAAGACGCAAGUCGCAGAAAGGGACCACCGCCCGAUCCUAAAAUCCGCACAAGUUAUACAGAAGAAGACGAAGACUACAAAAUGACCCAAGGCAUGAAAGACGCCCUCAAAGGUCAAGGCGGCGGCCUUCAAAGCACAUCUACCAUCAUCGGUGAUCUCGCUGCCGGAAACGAAACGGUCUCGAUCCGAGGGAACAAUUCCGAGAAGACGACAAAGUCAAAGGACACGAGUGCUGGGGAAAACAAUGUUGAGGAGAGGAAGGAAUCGUCGACGAAAGGUGGGGAUCAGAUUGUGAAUAAGGAAACCGGGAGGGUGGAUCAUCUUGGAUUGGGGCAGUGAUACUCAUGGCAAUCCAGCGACUUGACUCCGCGGUGGACGUUAACUUCUUGCCGCAGCAUGUCCUAGCAGUGACAGAUCCUGGAACAU